UUUAGUUAACCUUGUCACCUUUAAUUAUUGAUGACUGAUUGUACUAAUAAACUUGAUGUACAAAUUAAGGUAAGAUGUUAAUUGUAGGAGGUUUGGUGGAAACUAAACCUUUGAAUUAAUUACGGAAGGUGGGAAUUGAUUGGGAGAUUGAUUUCAAUUGAUGAAUUAUGUUGAUCGGUAUAUAAGUGAAUCGACAAUCAAUUAAGAUCAAUCAGUUGUUAAUCAAUCAUCGGUAAUCAAACAUUCAUUAAUCCAUCAUGAGAUCUUUACUAUUUUCCUUAAUUGUUUUCAGUAUUAUCUUAAUGGUAAUCGCUCAUCAUCAUCAUCGGUGCAAGGAACACAGGAGACAUAAGUGCUGUAAGAAAGAGGUUCAUCAUCACCAUGAACACGAAGGUAAAAAAGUUCACCAUAAACAUAAUCACGGUCAUGGUCAUAAGCAUGGUCAUCAUCAUCAGAAUCAUCAUCAUCACCAUCACACAGGAGGUGGACAUGGACAUGGACAUCAUCAUGACGAUGAUCACGAUGACCAUCAUGAACAUAAGGCAGCUGAUAGCCCGAAGCAAGAUGAUAGUAAGAAAACAACGGCAACCAUAACAGGAACUCCCGACGGAAAAGGUCAAGUGGCAAUCGUACUUCAUGGUGCCCAAGCGGGGAAAUUGUUACAAUCUGUGUUAGACCAACAGAAAAAAGUUCCUAAAGAAACAAAAGAGCCAAAAGAACGUAAGUUCACAUCAGCUCGUUCAUCAGUUGCACCUCGAGAAAACGGUUACGCUGAACUCGCUCGAUCAGGUCAAAUGGGACAGUACGGUGGAAUGGGCGGAGGAAUGGCCAGUCCAAUGUUCGGCGGUCGAAUGGGAAUGGGAAUGGGAAUGCCCAUGGGUGGUGCGAUGGGAGGAAUGGGAAUGCCGAUGGGGGGAAUGGGCGGAAUGGGUGGAAUGGCCCCAAUGUACUAAUCAAUCGUCCCUCGAAUUCAUAAUCACUAAUUUAUCAAAAAAUCCUCAACCAAAUUUACUGAGUAAAUUCAAUCCUUGUAAAUUAUAAUAAUCUUCGUACACUUCACCCAAUAUUUAUUACUCCAUCAAUCAAAUCAUCGUAAUUAGUAUCUAAAUAAAAAAGAAAUUCAAAUUGAA